AUGAGUACAGAGGAGUCGCAACAGUUCUGUCUCAGAUGGCAUAAUUACCAAAGUUCACUUAUGUCAACUCUGCCUCAGCUUUUAAAUCAUGAUGAUCUGACUGAUGUUACAUUAUGUGCUGGUUUGAGAACACUUAAAGCACAUCGUGUGGUUUUGUCUGCAUGUAGUGACUAUUUCAAACAGUUAUUUAAAGCACUCACAAAAGAAUUAGGAGCAAGCCAUCAUCCAGUGAUUGUUUUGCCUGGCGUUGAAUUUACUGAUCUCUGUGCUCUAGUCACAUUUAUGUACAGCGGUGAAGUAAAUGUUUAUGAACAUCAACUAGCUAGCAUGCUUUCCAUGGCUGAUACAUUACAUAUUAAAGGCUUGGCUGAGUUUUCUAAUGUACCUGGUUAUACAUCUGGCACAUUUGAGAAAUCAUCCAAAUGGAAAAGACCACGAGUUGAAGAAUCAGAGUCCUUUAAUAACAGGGUGAUGUCAAGACCAACAUUAAGUGAAACUGAAGUUUUUGCGGAUUUAGAUGUUGCUCAAGAUCUAAGUAAGCGUGUUCCAGAAAAUGAUAAUCAAGACGAUACUGUAAACUUAGCAACUACUGUUGACCAUAAACCGUCCACAUCAGAAAUACACGUAUCUUACGGUGAAGAAGCUCCAACACCUACAGAUUUAGUUCAAGGUCCAGUUGUACAGGGUUCACAGUCAGAUAAUAUCAAAUCACGAACACCUGUAUCCAAGCUGUAUACAAUGUGUUUCAUAUGUGGAAAACAGCUUAGUAAUCAUUACAAUUUGCGCGUUCAUAUGGAAACCCACCAAAAUGCACAGUAUGCUUGUUCAGUAUGUAGUCAUGUUUCUCGAUCCAGGGAUGCAUUAAGAAAACAUGUAUCUUAUAGACAUCCACGUCCCAACAAUAAUAAUACAACCACGGAUAAUUCAUCUACAGUGGAUUCUUCACAUAAUGUAAACAAGCUUCCAUCAACUUGA